CCGUCAUCACGUGACACUCUUAAUGCGGAAGCGGAUGUUAGUUCUUUUUUCCGCAUCAAAAGCCAUUUUCGACUUCAAACUUGCGUUUUGUGAUUAACUCCUUACAGAUUUGUGCUUCUAACAAAGAAAUCAUGAACUUGGAGCGCGUUUCUAACGAGGAGAAACUGAAUCUUUGCAGAAAAUAUUAUUUGGGUGGCUUUGCCUUCCUCCCUUUCCUCUGGCUGGUGAACGUUGUGUGGUUUUUUAAAGAGGCCUUUGUAAAACCCGCCUACACAGAACAACCACAGAUCAAAAUCUAUGUGAAGCGGUCAGCGCUGGGAUUAUUUCUGUGGGUGGCCGUGCUCACGACGUGGAUCACCAUAUUCCAGCAUUACCGAGCACGGUGGGGUGAAGUGGCUGAUUAUCUCUCCUUCACCAUUCCUCUUGGCACACCAUAAAGAGACACUUACCUACCUGUUAAUUACUUCGAAGGCUUCUGGAGUUUUCUUUUUCUAUUUCUUUUCAAUCUUUUAAACUGUGCGAUAAACAUAUGUCAUUAUUUUGACUUGUUGUGAAAGAAUGAAACAUGACAGAAUGAAAGUGAGUCUGAGCAACGUGUUAAGAAGUGAGUGACAAACGCCAGUCGUACACACUCUUCCUCAUUUACAUAGAAGAUCAUAAUCUAAUAAUCUUAUAAUCCCAACAGGACCGGCAUACCAGACUCUCUAAUAUCCACAAAUGAAGCCUCUCUGAUGUGUAACUCAUAACUGGCGCCUGUUAUGAAACCCUAUCUCACUUUCGGGCAAAUUCUAAGCCCCCUUCCUGCCAGGAUCUCACUGGAUGCUGUUUUUAGUAGCUUGCAGUCAGUGUUGACGGCAGGCAAAAUAUGUUUCCCUGCAUCAGUACUUGGCAUCCUUACAAAUAAAAAAAGAUUUAUGAGCUCUGAAGUCAGACAUCCAAACUACGUUUUCCAUAAUAUGACCAGCCAGUAAUCAUUAUGUGACAGUUCAUAAUGUUCAUGAUCCUGAAUAGAGUCAGUACAGUUUAUAGUUAGGACACUCCUAAUGUUGAGUGUGCAAUGUGAUAAUGUCAGCGUAGUACUUUUGUUCCUUUCUCAGAAUGCUGGCCAAAACUGAAUAAUUGAAACAUGUUUCUGACUCUCAGUGGACCACAGAGUUUUGUUUACUGGUCAUGGCAAUGAAAACCAUUGUUGUUGAUUAAAAUAAUUAUCUUGUGUCUCUAAAAUCAUAUACCUGUGUUUCUGGUAACAGACCUAUGAUGUUAUGAAUAAAUUUUUGUUCUAAUCAAA